AUGAUGAACCUCUUCGGAAAUUCCAAGAAGAUCACCCUGCCAGAACAUAAUUGUGUCCUCCCCCACGCGUUGCGCUUGUCCUCUUUGAACAAGUUGACAGAGAAGCGUGUCAUCCUGGCGUCGAAUAGCCCCCGCCGGAAGGAUAUCCUCCAGACUUUCGGUCUCUCACCAGAGAUCGUACCCUCGACAUUCGAUGAGACAUUACCCGUGUCAUCAUUCGGGGACGUGCAUGAGUAUCCUGUAGCGACUGCGACACACAAGGCGGUUGAGGUGUAUGAACGGCUUGUGCAAGCGGAUCCAGAGGACGCGCCGGAUCUCGUUAUCGCAGCGGACACUGUCGUCCUGUCACAUCCAAUGCCGGGCCUUUCCUCCCUCGCGUUCGCGGAUGCGUCGACAGGUCCACAGGACGUGCUCGAGAAGCCUGGUACGAAGGAGGACAACCUCCGCAUGCUGCUUGAUCUCAAUGGGGGAGUGUGCGAGGUCGUAACAGGUGUCACAGUAGUCUUCCCGGUGCUGGAAGCUCCAGGUUACAAAAUCAAAUCGAUAGAAGAACGGACAUUAGUGCAUUUCGCUGAGAACUCCAGAGAAGUGCUCGAGGCGUAUGUCGACAGCGGAGAGGGUCUUGAUCGCGCAGGCGGUUUCGCUAUCCAGGGUGUGGGUGGUAUGCUGAUCCGUAAAAUCGAUGGUGACUACCAGAACGUCGUCGGCUUCCCCGCAGCGUCUUUUUUCAAGUUUCUGGACUUGCUGUUGGAAGAGGAGACGGACUUUCUCGCGAUAUAA